UUGUAUGUCAUGUAAUGCUGGCAAUUACUGUUUCUCGAAAAUGGUCAACAUUAGUGAUGCCUUUCUCCUUCCUUCGCCUGCCUCUCCCUACAAUAAAAUCGGUUUUCCCAGCAAGAAAUAUCUUCAAGCAGUCUGAGAAAAUGCUUCAUAAUAAUACCAAAUAGGUCCAUAGUGAUGUGUUGCCGUGUAUUUAUAGCUCGACAUUGCAGAACUAUGAGAGUUUGUACGGAGGAAACUACGGUGGCUGGAAUCCGCUUCAAGCCAGGCAUGUGCGUCGACAUUCCCAUGGCCGGAAUCCACCAUGAUUCAGAAUAUUUUCCUGAACCGGACAAGUUCAAUCCAGAGAGGUUCAUGCCUGAAAACAAGGAUGCCCUGAGGCCGUUCACGUACAUACCGUUUGGGGCCGGACCACGUAAUUGCGUCGGCAUGCGUCUCGGCUGGAUCCAAGUGAAGAUAACUCUAGCUUGCCUGCUUCAGCACGUUAAAUUUGAGACGUGCCCAGAGACGCCCGUACCGCUAAAGUUCAAGUCGCGACAACUUCAUCCUGUCUUCGAUGGAGGAUUGCACCUUCGGGCAGUGCCUCGUCAGCACUCUGCAAGCAGUGUUUCUUAAUAAUCAAGGAUUUGUUUUAUGCAAGUGGUGACAGAAGCGCUUGUUAUUUAUUUUUUGAGCGUCAAGAAAAAAAUUAAGGACCCCGCUGAUUGUAUUAUCAAAAAAUUCAAGCACUAUAAUUUGGAGUCUACGAACAGAAAUGUAGGCAUGAAAUGAAAGUUCAACUAGUAAACAAUUGCUCUUCCUCAUGCGCAGGACACAAAAUAUUUGGUUUUACAGGAUGUUCGCGCCAAGUCUUUCAACAUCGUCGGCACGUACAUUUUGCUUGUAAGUAAUGCUGUUUAUGAGAACUUGCUCUUAGCUAGUUCAAGCUGGUUAUAGCUUUCUUGUACUUUACAAAUGGCCCACGACAAAAUGACGCACACAGUUAGCAGUGAAACAACACAUUUAAAUGACAUCUUUGAAUGUACAACUUUUAGAAAACUGGCAAUUGUUAACUUUUCGACGCAAUUGGCUAUACUGUGAUGAUCUCCACUGAUCAUGUGUAAAAUAAUAAUAAGACCACCAGCGAUAUCAAUAAAUGCUACCAGCCAAAUACGUAGUUUCUCAAAAAUCGGAACGUCCAUACUGGUACCCAGGUGAAACAGCAUUCUCCCUGGCUCUUUAAAACGUUAAUUGUGAGACUCUUGAUGUCCACCGUGUCUCUUAUCACAGUGUUCUUGCUUAAUAAA